AUGCCAAACUCCACGCCACCACUGGCCGUGGAUGCGGCUGCUCCUGAGGAAAUGGAUGAGGAUGCGAAUUGGAGUGCGAAGGAUGGCACGGCGGAGAAUGUGGGGACCACGAGACGCAGUCCGAAGGCUUGUGAGAUGUGCUAUCGGAGGAAGACCCGGUGUGAAGUGGACGGGUCAAAUCCGGUCUGUCUUCAAUGCAUGCGGAGAAGCACCAAGUGUUUUUUCCCCUCGAGGAAGGAGAAACGUGCUGGUCUGAAACGAAAACAAUAUGUUCGUUCUUUGAAGGAACGUCUGGGGAGACUAGAGUCUCUGUUGAAGACGGCCGGCAUCUUGGAUGAAAACGCCAUGAGCGAGGAGCUGUCUGAUGACGAUGAUGAUGACCCAGCAGAUGAAGACUCGGAGGCUGAGGCCAUGCAGCCCGAAGAGCCUCCCCGAAGUACCGGUGCUACUAUGGUGCUUGGUAAACCAUCUCCAGGCACUGGAGUCCUAGGACAUGCCUUCAAGUGUGAUGUUCGAGAUGACUCGCGAUAUUUUGGACGCGCAUCUUCCCUCUCAAUCUUAUCACCGCAAGGGAUUGAGUGGAUAAAACGAAAGACCGGAGACGUCAGCUUCCUGAAGGUCUUAUUCUCUGAUUCUGCUCGAGACACUCCGUGGAAUCACUGGCGACCAGAUGUAUUCCAUGACCUAUUUGCAUCGAAAGUAUUCAAGCCUCUACCGUCAAGAUCGGAGGUGUUUUCCCUGAUGAAGGACUUCUUUCGUACGGCGAAUCGGCUGUUUCCGAUAUACCACGAGGAAACCUUCAUGCGCAUGGUGGAAUGGCAGUAUACGCAACAGACAUGCGACGAUGCCGCGCGGUGGGCAAGUAUCAACAUCAUAUUAUCUCUGUCUUACGAGUAUCGGCUCUCGAAUAGCAUGAAGCCGGAAAAGGACCGUGAAAAGGCCUGGUUGUACUUCAAGAAUGCCGUCUCAGUCUUUACGGAGCUGACACUUCGGCGGACUGAUCUUUUAAGUGUUCAGGCCCUGUUAGGAAUGGCUUUCUUCCUGCGAGGCAAUUCCGGAACGCAGUCUGCCCUGCCCAUAGUGACUGCUGCCAUGCGGUCGUGUCAGCGGAUGGGGCUCCAUCGUGAUAUUCCACGACCCGAACUGCCCGCAGCAGAGCAGGAGCAACGAAAGCGUGUUUUCUGGAUCGCAUUUAUCCUUGACCAAAGCACAUGUCUCCGCGCCGGAACCGCGCCAUCGCAACACCCAGACGACUUUGACGUCGCUCUGCCCGCAGAUGCAAUCGGCAACGAAGACACCUUGGUGUCCAACAAUAUUCCAUUUUUCCGGCAGCUGUGCCGUCUGACGAUCAUUAAGAGCCGCAUUUACAGUCAACUCUACUCCACCAAAGCGCUUCAAAGACCCCCUAAAGAAGUGUAUCGCACUGUCAAGGAGCUGCACACCGAACUCGAGGAAUGGCGGCGCCAACAUCCUCUUCUCAAGGAGCCGAAACAAAAAGUUGCUGAAAGUGAUUUCCUGUAUGGUUUUGCAUCUGUCGGUCUGCAUUUCGUGUACUACAAUGCCCUGAUCAUGGUCCAUCGCAUACCUCUUCUGAUGAACUACGCAUACUCGAGUCGCCUCCCCAAUGCGUCUGGUAAGAAGCAGGCGAUGAGUGCACAGGCAUCCUCAUCGGCCGUUAUCUGUGUCCAGGCUGCACGGGAUACACUCAAGCUGGUGAACAACAUGCCAUGGGGGGAUAUCGCAUGGAUCUGGUCUCUACUCUACUAUGUGUUUCUGGCAGUAGCGACAAUCUUCUCGAACACCAUCCGCGACCACGACCACCCACACGCCCGAGAAGAUCUCCAGUCCUUGAACAUGGCCGCCACAUUCUUUGCCACUCUCAUCCCCGGCGAUGGACCGAGCAACUAUGCCGGCUUCAUGACCCGCAUGAGCGCCAACCUCGAGCGCAUCGCCCGUAUGGUCGUCGAGAAAGACGAGAGAAUUGCCCGCGAUCUAGAAAGCAAGGACAAAGAGCGUCGCGCCCCGGGAAGCAGGCGACAAAACUCUCGAACAUCUCUAGCGCCCUCUUCGAGGUCACGGCAUCGCUCCACGACAACACGCACAUCCACGACGACUCCCGGGACUGCGGCCGUCCACCAACAAGCAAUGCCCAGAAUGCCAUCUGCAUCAACUACCACAGGACCUUACAUGCCAGAUAUAAGCAUCCCCGAAACGGUCGAGGGUCUACCGCCGGUAAACUCAUGCGGGUACGUCGUGCCGAUGAGCCCGGGUGAUACCUCCCAAGACCCGACCUGCCAUACAAAUUCAACCACUACUCUCGACCACGGCGACUUUUCUACAGGAACCACCAUGCCAACCUGGCAACAAAUGGGCCAAACCCCAUCGUCACUGGAAAUGGAAAACAUGCAAUCCCCCUUCUCGCACAACAGCAGCGCCGCAACGACAUCCACUGGCCCCGCAUUUCCGGAAUUCUGGCAAAUUCCCCUAACAGCGGACUGGGAGUUCGGUAACAAUCCGUGGGCGGGUCUCUUUCCCGCAGCAAACGAUUAUCCAGAGGUACCGGAACCAGCAGCAGAGCUGAACCAGUCCCAGCACGACCCCCAUUACCACUAUUACCAACAACAACAGCAUCACAACCCAGCCGCACCGUCAUCAUCCCUGCCCAUCCUCAGUGCCGAAUCAUUUCUGACCGAUGGAUCGACGGCUGAUCCCGACGCCGGCUCGGGCGGUGGCGCGAGACAUCAUCCUGGUGAUGAUGACAGGUUUGGAAUGGAGUAUUUACGGUAUGCGUUUGGUACGACCUCACAGGAGGACCAGGAUCGGAGUCACGACUUGGAGCAGGGGCAGCAGAGUCAGGAAGAGGGACAGGAGUGGACACCGGGGUUUUUGGGGUUGUUUUAG